AUGAAUGCACUCAUGAAAAUUCUACCAGUUAUUUUGUGUCACAAUGGUAAAGAAGUCGAAACAUACGUUUUAUUGGAUGAUGCUUCUACAAUUACUCUAAUUGAUGAAGAAUUUGCAAACUCUUUAGAUUUCAAUGGUCCAAAGCAAUCACUGUGUUUGCAAUGGACAAACGAAGAUAUCACUCAUCAUGAUAAUGAUUCUAGGAUAGUGAGCUUCACAAUCAAAGGGAAAAAUAACGGAUCAAAAUUCCAGUUACGUCGUGUUCGUACAACAAAAUUAUCUUUACCCCACCAAACUGUAGAUGUGAACAAUUUGCGAAAAAAUUAUCCCUAUAUUAAUGACAAAGUGAUUGCAAUGACGAAUGCCCAACCCAAAAUAAUUAUUGGGCAGGACAAUUGGCCGCUUCUUGUCAAUAGAAAAUUAGUUGCUGGACCCUGGAACGGACCAGCAGUGAGCAAAACGCUUUUAGGUUGGGUACUUCACGGAAAUUUGAAAUACGGCGAGAAAAAUCCAAAUUCAGUGUGUCAUAUUCAAUCUUUCGACAUUUUCAGAGAAAAAGAUGACUUAGAUGUUCUUCACGAUCUUGUCAAAGAACAAUGGAGACUAGAGAAAAUUGAAAAUUCUCAGGAAUUGGCUCCAUCACCUCUAGAUCGAAGAGCACAGAGGACUUUGGAUACUACAAUGAGAAGAGUGGGACAAAGGUAUGAGACAGGACUACUAUGGAAAAAAGAAGACUUAGUAUUACCAGAAAGUAAAGCGAAUGCCUUCAGACGACUUCGCUGUGUCGAACGGAAAAUGGAUAAAGACAAAGAUUAUGCAGAAAUGUACACUAAAAAAUUUGAAGAAAUGGAAGAAAAGAAAUACAUAAGACGACUAUCAAAGAGCGAGAUUGAAGAAGAAUCAAAUAAAAUUUGGUAUCUGCCCCACUUCGGUGUAAUCAAUCCAAAUAAGCCCAAUAAAUUGAGAAUCGUUUUCGACGCAUCGGCAAAGAGUCUUAAUGAUUGUUUGUUGACCGGACCAGACCUUUACAAUUCUCUACAAACAAUACUUCUGAACUUCAGGAUAAAGCAAUAUGCUUUCACAGCGGACAUAAAAGAGAUGUUCCUUCAAGUCAGAGUAAGAAAACAAGAUUGUUAUGCACAAAGAAUACUCUGGAGAGGCAUGAAUAGAAACGUAGAACCUGAUGUCUAUGAAAUCAUGGUUGUAUUUUUUGGCUCAUCCUGCGGACCGUGUCUGGCUCAAGAGGCCAAAAAUAGGAAUGCCAGAGAUUUUGCAGAAAACUUUCCUGAGGCUUCAGAAGCUAUUAUACGUCAUCAUUAUAUGGAUGACUAUUUGGGAAACGCAGAUGAGUUGGAAGAUGCCAAGAAAUUGGUAAGAGACGUAAUCUACAUUCAUGGACAAGGUGGCUUCGUUAUAUGCAACUGGAUUGCCAAUGAUGACAGAAUUCUUGAGGACGUGGACAUGGAUCUUGUAGCACAAGGUCAUAAGAAAUUAGAUAGUAAUAAUAAGGACAUGGUGGAAAGAAUUUUGGGUGUGUAUUGGAAUCCUGUAGAAGACACAUUCUGUUUUCAGACAAAAUUCAAUAAGAUCGAUCGAGAUAUUUUGGAUAACCGCAGAAGACCAACAAAAAGGGACAUUUUGAAAAUUGUUAUGUCAGUUUUUGAUCCUUUGGGAUUCUUGGCAAAUUUCAUCGUUCAAGGCAAAAUUAUUUUGCAAAAUAUUUGGAGAAGCAAAAUUGGGUGGGACGAUGAAAUUACCCAUACUCUCGAAAAUCAAUGGCAAAUGUGGUUCUCAGAUUUGAAGAAUAUUUAUAAAUUCAAAAUUCCAAGACAAUACUUCUCGUUGAAUCGUCAUAAGAGUAAUAUUCAAUUACAUGUUUUUUGUGACGCCUCUGAGAACUGUUAUGCAGCAGUUGCCUAUAUAAGAGUUCAACAAGAACAAGCAAUCCAAACCAACUUUGUCACCGCUAAGACUAGAGUAGCUCCGUUACGACCCCUAUCAAUUCCCAGACUGGAACUGCAAGGAGCUUUGAUGGGUGCACGUUUAGGAAAUUAUUUAAAAAAAGAAAUGAACUUGAACAUAUCUUCUGUUUUCUAUUGGACCGAUUCAAGAACAGUUUUACAUUGGAUAAGAUCAGAGGCACGACGAUUCAAAGUAUUCGUCGCUCAAAGGUUGGGAGAAAUUCAGGACAUCACUAAUAUCGCCGAGUGGAGAUACGUAUGUUCGAAAGAGAAUGUAGCUGAUGAUGCCACAAAAAGAAAGAUUUCUUGGGACAGUCAGCGAUGGAUGAACGGUCCUGAUUUUCUGCGGAGAAAUCCUGAAGAUUGGCCAAGAGAGGUAGAAACUGAGAACUUCGGAAUAGACCCAGACACUUUGGAAGAAAAGUUUGAUAAUGUUCUCAUUAUUUCAACCAAAACAAUUUUGUCUACACCUGAUGCUCUAAGAUUUUCGAAAUGGCAAAGAUUGCUUCGAACUACUUCUUAUGUCUUGAGAUUUAUCGACAUUAUGAAGAGACGGUGUACAGGAAAAGGAGAACUUUCGGUUGAAGAGAUCAACAAAGCUGAAAACCUUCUUUUCAGAAAAGUACAGGAGGAAUCUUUCAUGGAAGAAAUAAAUGCAUUGAUGCAAGGUAAACCCUUCUCAUCGAGUAGCAGACUCCGAACACUAAAUUGUUUUUUGUCGGAACAAGAUGGACUUUUGAGACUUGCUGGGAGAUUAGAAAAAUCCGAAUUGAAUGUACAGACAAGGAAACCUAUCAUUUUGGAUCCACAACACAAAAUUACGAAGCUUAUAGUCCAAAAAUAUCACGAAGAUGUUCACCAUCAUGGACAAGAAAUAGUGAUUAACAAUUUGCGACAAAAAUUUUGGAUUUUGAGGUUGAGACAAACCGUCAAAAGCAUUUGGAAUAGUUGCCAGCUUUGCAAAAUUCGACGUGCAACCCCAAGAAUUCCAGUUAUGGGUCAACUACCAGAAUGCCGUAUUCAACCGACUAUCAGAGCCUUCAUCAAAACAGGUAUUGACUAUUUUGGGCCGCUGGAAGUCACAGUAAAAAGAAGCCGGGAGAAAAGGUACGGAGCUAUUUUCACAUGCAUGACGACUCGUGCUGUACAUUUAGAAAUAGCUCAUGACCUGACAACCAACUCCUUCAUCAAUGUUCUUCGACAAUUCGGCUGUCGGAGAGGCUUUCCAGAUGAAAUUUAUUGUGACAAUGGUUCUUGUUUUAAGAGUGCUGAGAAGGAAAUUACCGAAGAAUUCAAGAUAAUUGAGAAAAAAGAAAUUUUGGAUUUCACUGUGAUGAGAAAAAUCAAGUUUUUCUUCAACCCUCCUCUAGCACCACAUACGGGUGGGAGCUGGGAGAGAUUAAUACAAAGUAUCAAGAAAAUAAUGAAAGAAAUUUUGAAAUGCAGAUAUCCGCCAGAGCAUGUACUCCGGACAGUACUUUUAGAAUGUGAAAGCAUUCUCAACUCCAGGCCAUUGACUCAUGUAUCACUUGAUUCGGACGAUGCAGAAAGUUUGACUCCCAAUCAUUUCUUGAUUGGACCAUCCAAUAUUUCACCAUCAUUCACCGAAACUGCAGAAAAAGACUUAAAUUUGAUGUCUUCUUGGAGAGCUGCACAAAGGUUAGCCGAUAUGUUUUGGUCAAAAUGGUCAAGAGAAUAUUUACCUACGUUAAUCAGAAGCAGUAAAUGGUAUAGAGACAAUGGAGAAAGAAGCAUACAACUGGGUGACGUUGUUAUAAUGGUGGAUCCAGAUGGACCUAGGAAUUUAUGGCAGAAGGCUGUUGUUAUCAAUGUCUACCCAGCAAAGGAUGGGAAAAUAAGAACAGUGGAUGUUAGAAACUCCAACAACACCAUUUAUCGAAGACAUGUUGCAAAACUUAUUGUUUUAGAUGUUAAGAAGUAA